AUGGUGGUCGGUCAAGCUGACAAUCCGUUGACGGAGCAUCUGCUGGAGAUGAUAAUACAGCCGGAUCCAUCUGCCAGUGGAGUCGAAGCCCCUUUAUCCUGCAUGAAUCUCAGUGUAAAUCUGAGUGAUGGUCUGUUCUGCACGGUCUCAUCAGAAGUGUGUCUGUCGUCCCCGUGCCAAAAUAACAGCACCUGUGUGCCCACCCUGGAUGGUUACCUCUGCGCCUGUUCCUCCGUCCCACCAAUAUACACCGGCCCAAACUGUGAGCGUUUGCUGGACCCGUGCGAUUCUGCAGGCUGUCCGUCCACAUGCGUCGGCACUCCAGGAAGCCAAAACUACACCUGUCUGUGUCCUGAUGGCUUCAGCGGCCCAAACUGCACCCAAAACAUCAAUGAAUGCCACAGCGGGCCCUGUUCGGGAGUCCGGAGCUUCUGUGUGGAUGGAGUGAAUGGGUAUUCGUGUCACUGUCCCAGCGGGUACAGCGGGGCAGACUGCGGGACCAGGGUACGGGACUGUUCUGAUGACCCGUGCUUUAAUAAUGCCACCUGCGUUUGGGCUCCGGACGGGUAUGAGUGCCACUGUGCUGCAGGUUUUCGGGGUCGUAACUGUGAGGAGGACAUUGACGAGUGUCUGUCUCAGCCCUGCAGGAACGGGGCGAUCUGUCAGGACGCUGUGGGGGUCUAUCAGUGCUACUGCGUGCCUGGAUUUCAGGGUUUUCACUGUGAGAUUGAUAUUAAUGAGUGCGCAUCGCAGCCCUGCGAGAACAACGGGACGUGUGUCAAUGGCAGAGACAGAUACAUCUGCGAAUGUCUCUUUGGGUUCACAGGUCUGAACUGUGAAGUGGACGUGGAUGAAUGUGAAGCGUCUCCCUGCCAGAACGGAGCCGUCUGCCAUGAUCACGUGGGUCUGUACACCUGUGAGUGUGUGCCCGGGUACGAGGGCAUCAACUGUGAGCUGGACAUCGAUGAGUGUGAGAGCUCACCCUGCCAGCAUGGAGGAGUCUGUCUGGAUAUGGUCAACGGGUAUGAGUGUGACUGCAGUGGCACUGGAUUCAUGGGCUUUUUCUGUGAUAUUGACAUCCCUGAGUGUUCAUCUGACCCCUGUCAACAUGGCGCCACCUGCCUGGAGGGAGUAAACCACUACACCUGCAUCUGCUGGACAGGUUAUGAAGGAGUGAACUGCGAGCUGGAUGUGGACGAGUGUGUUUCUCAGCCGUGUGAGAAUGAAGGCCAGUGUUUCCAGCGCUCAGACUCCAGCCUCUACAGAGUUCUGCCUGAACUGGACACUGACUUCAGCUUCGAGAGCGCAGCCGGUUACCUGUGCCUAUGCGUAUCUGGCUUCACAGGUGAAAACUGCUCAGUGAAUGUGAAUGAAUGCGAGUCUGCACCGUGUGAGAACGGAGGAUCUUGUGAAGAUCUCGUCAAUGCUUUUCAAUGCUCGUGUCCUCCAGGGUUUGCAGGUGCAGUGUGUGAGACUGAGCUGGACGAGUGUGAGAGCGACCCGUGUCAGAACGACGGCCGCUGUGAAGACUCCAUCAAUGCCUACACAUGCCACUGUCCUCCUGCUGAGCCAGGACGCCUGCCGUGGGGCGGUCCUGACUGCAGCGUCCAACUGACCGGCUGUGUGGACCAACCCUGCCAAAACAACGCCACCUGCGUCCCCUCAAUACAGCAGCAGCAGCACCAGCACACCUGCAGAUGCCCGUCCGGCUUCCACGGCACCCACUGCCAGACCUCCACCACCUUCUCCAUCACCCGCGGAGGAUAUUUACUGGUAGAUCUUCACCACAAAAACAACAGGAGUCGCAGAUAUGUGGGUUCUCAUGUGCCGAGUGUCCAGCUACGCUUCCGGACGACGCUACAGGAUGGAGUCAUCUUCUUUCGGGGAGGUCAAAAUCACUUUCUUGUGGCUGAGUUAAUUGCUGGAGAUCUGUACUGCAGAGCUCAGUCUGGAGAUUUGAAGCUCUCCGUGAACCUGAGCGGUGUUUUCGGGGAUGGGGUCUGGCGGGGGGUUUCUGUGAGUGUGGAUGAUGGGCUGACGGUGCUUUCGGAGGGUCAGAUAGAUGAGGAUGGAGGUCACAAUCAGCUUCUGUCCUUCCAGCCGCAGGGUUUGGAGACGCUGUACGUGGGAGGAGUUCCUCAGGAGUGGAUGAACCUCACACUGAGCCGGACGGGGUUUGUGGGCUGUUUGGAGGAUCUUGUUGUUGAUUCUGAGCCGGUUCUUCCUCAGAGUUUGGUCCCGCUGCAGGAGGUUCAGAUGGGCUGUGAGAGGACUGAGUGGUGCCGUGUGAACCCCUGCUCUGAUCGCGGACGCUGUGUGGAUCUGUGGUCAAACUACACGUGUGUCUGCUACAGGCCGUAUUAUGGAGACCACUGUACUGAAGAGCACACUUCAUGGACGUUCAGUCACGAGCGCAACAGAAGCUUCGCUGCAUUUCCUAUCAUGCAGAAUCACAGCCGUGAUAUUACAAUGUCUUUAUGGCUCAGAUCACGCCACUUAAACGGCCUGGUCCUCCAAUUCCAGCACGACAAUCAACCCUACCUCACUUUAUUUCUGAAAAACGGCUCACUCUAUAUAUCAAUAUACAACUCCAUCAGAAGAGCCGCCGACUUCCUGACCAAUGGGGAGAAGCUCUUCAUCUCCAUUAAAACAGAGCCAGGCGUUAUAUUAUUUAACGAAACGCAGCGGAUUCCUAUGAUCUACAGUGGUUUCCAGGUGCAAGCGGGAGAUGUUGUGUAUCUCGGUGGUCUUCCUGAGGGAGAAAACUCUGCGCUCUGGGGAGGAUAUUUUAAAGGCUGUUUGCAGGACGUCCGAAUCGACGACACACAGCUGUUCAUGUACUCCGGCAGCAUCAGCCAGAAGCCACAACACGCUAAUUACUUACCCAGAAACUCAUCCAAUGUGCUGGAGGGCUGCGUGGGGGACCAGACGUGCAAGAUGAAGCCGUGUCUGAAUGGAGGGAAAUGUCUGGUCAUCUGGAAUGACUUUUUGUGCCUCUGUCCGCUUGACUUCUCUGGAAAGACGUGUGAAACUCGUGUCUGGUGUGUUAGCGACCCCUGUGACUCCAGGACUCGCUGUGUGGAUUUACCUGACGGUUAUGAGUGUUUAGCCAACGCUACAUUUGAAAACAAUGCUUUAAAGUUCAGCGCAAAUGCCUCAUUUUUUGAGCCUGUGAUGAGCAUUUCAAUGGAGCUGCGGACGCGAGAAGAAAACGGGACGAUUUUACGCUCCUCCAACCGAAUCGAGUUCUUCUGCAUGGGGCUACUAAACUCCUCCAUCAUCGUGAAGUUUCGUGACAGUAACAGUCUUGAAGUUCACGCUUUCACCAGCGACGUCACUGUUUCUGAUGGAGAAUGGCAUAGAGUGGAGCUCUAUGCAUCCAGCUCCAGAAUAUCAGCGUUUCGUUGGCAUAUGUCAAUAGAUGGAACUCCUGCAGGAUUCAGCCUUUCUCCUGCUGGAAAGGUAGACUUUUUUAACUCCUCCACUGUGAUGCUGGCAGAAAAUUACACUGGGUGUUUGGGCGAAGUGCGCAUCGGUGGAGUUUACCUACCAUUUUUUGGACCUCUAGAUGAAGAGGCGCCACAAAAAACUCAAUUCAUCCGAAUCGGCGGGAUGCUGGAGCCUCAUAUAGGAUGCAUUGGAUCUCCUUUAUGUCUUUCCAAGCCUUGCCUGAAUAAUGGCACAUGCACUGAUCUCUUCAAUCUCGCCGUGUGUAAAUGUGCUCCAGGAUGGACCGGCGAGCGCUGCCAGGAGAAUAUUGACGAGUGUGGAGAGCAGCCAUGUGUUCGGGGGUCCUGUCGGGAUCUGCUGGGAGAUUAUGAGUGCCGGUGUCCUGUUGGAUUUGGUGGGAAGAACUGUGAUUUGGAGGUGGACCAGUGCAAGGAUCAUCAAUGCGAGAAUGGAGGGUCAUGUGUGGCUACUGUCAGCGGAUACACGUGUGUUUGUUUGCCUGGCCACACCGGGCCAUACUGCCGCUGGCGUUUUCCUCCUCGUGAGUGUGAUGUGGAUCUGCAGUGUGAGAAUGGAGGCGUUUGCAGUGAAGGAUCAUGGGGAGCCAACUGUACCUGCAGGCCAGGCUUCACUGGAGUCAGGUGUGAGCUGGAUAUAGACGAGUGUGUGUCCGAGCCGUGUCUGAACGGAGGCUCAUGUGUGAACAGACACAAUCUCUACUUCUGUGAGUGUUUGCCGGACUUCAGUGGAGAAAACUGUCAGAUUACUAAGCAGCUUCAGCAGGAGCUGUGGCCGUGGCUGCUGCUCCUGGUCCCUCUGGCGGGUCUCUCCGUACUGCUGGCGGCUCUGGCUCUGCUCUGCCUGAUCUUCAGCGCUCGGAAGAAGCGCCGCUCGGAGGGAACAUACAGCCCCAGCCGGCAGGAGGCAGCAGGAGCACGACUGGAGAUGGGCAGCGUGCUGAAGGUGCCUCCAGAAGAGAGACUCAUCUAACACACACACGAAACACCAACUUUGACCAUUUCAGAAAGACAUCUAAAAGCAGAGAGGCUGAACGUGCCUUCUGUGUAAAAGCUGAUGGAGAAAACACUGAAAGCAAGACUGCUGGAGCAAUAUAGAUGAUAAAACAUGCAAAAUAUGAUUCUCUUAUUCAGUGCAUUUGUCUUGUUUGAUACUGUA